UCUUCGUCCUCGCACUCAACUCGGAAUAGAAAAUACACUACACAAAAAGCAUGGAAAAUUACUCUCUGCUUUUCCUUUCUCUCUCUCUAAUCUUUCUCCUUUUCGCUUUCAAUCUCCGCCGUCGCAGAAACUUACCGCCCAGUCCGCCGUCUCUUCCCAUCAUCGGUCACCUCCAUUACCUCAAAAUCCCCGUCCACCGAACUUUCCAGAACCUCUCUGCAAAAUACGGACCAGUAAUCUCUCUCUGGUUCGGAUCUCGCCUCGUCGUGGUCGUCUCGUCGUUAACGGUGGUGGAGGAGUGCUUCACUAAGAACGACAUCGUUCUGGCCAACCGUCCUCGGUUGCUAGUCGGCAAAUACAUCGGCUACAACCACACUACGAUGGUAGCGUCACCGUACGGCGACCACUGGCGGAACCUCCGCCGAAUCGGAGCGAUCGAGAUCUUUUCGGCUUCUCGCCUCAACAAAUUCGCCGGAAUCAGGAGCGACGAAGUGAAACGGUUACUGAGGAAGCUAUCGAGGAAUUCGAUGCAUGGAUUCUCGAAGGUACAUAUGCAAUCGGCGAUUUCGGAACUGACGUUCAACAUAUCGAUGAGAAUGGCGGCCGGAAAGAGGUAUUUCGGUGAGGAAGUGACGGAUGAGGUGGAAGCGAAGCAGUUCAGAGAGCUGAUUAAACAGGUCGUGGCGUUGGGAGGAGUAUCGAAUCCAGGCGAUUUCAUUCCGAUGAUGAAUUGGAUUCCGAACGGGUUUAAGAGAAAGGUUUCGAGACUUGCGAAGAGGAUGGACGCGUUUUUGCAGGAAUUGAUCGAUGAACAUCGGAGCAAGAAGGAAGAAGGAAGGAACACGAUGAUCGAUCACUUGCUCUCGCUGCAAGAAUCGGAGCCGGAGUACUAUGGAGAUCAAAUUAUCAAAGGAAUCAUUCUGGUGUUACUAUUAGCAGGAACCGACACAUCAGCUGUGACAAUUGAAUGGGCUCUAGCUCACUUACUCAACAAUCCAGAGGUACUCAAAAAGGCUAGACAAGAGUUAGACGCUCAAAUUGGAGAAGAACGAUUAGUGGAAGAAUCAGAUGUGCCCAAGUUACCAUAUCUUCAAGGAAUCAUCUCCGAGACUCUUCGAUUGAACCCAGCUGCUCCAAUGCUAGUGCCGCAUCUCACCUCUGACGAUUGCACAAUCAGUGGCUACGAAAUACCACGUGACACGAUUGUAUUGGUUAAUGCAUGGGCCAUCCAUAGAGAUCCUAAUCAAUGGGAAGAUCCCACAUUAUUCAAACCAGAAAGACACCAAAAGUUAGAAUUAUGUGAUCACCAAGUCCCUAAGUUGGUACCAUUUGGAGUUGGACGACGAGCUUGCCCUGGGUCGGGCAUGGCGCAACGAGUGGUGGGGUUGGCUCUGGCGACGCUGAUUCAGUGCUACGAGUGGGAGAGGAUUGGCGAAGAGAAAGUGGACAUGGCGGAGGGGCGAGGUGUUACUAUGCCCAAGGCGGUGCCAUUGGAAGCCAUGUGCAAACCUCGUCGUAUCAUCCACAACCUUUUUAACUGAAAAAAUGGUUGGAUCUAAAGGUAUUGUUUAUAUAGAUAUGUCAUCAUUAAUGUAGUUUAAUUAUCGUAAUAUUUGUAACCUCUCAUCUCAUGUACAAUGACAUACAAGUUUUUACCCUUUAAAUUAAAAAGAAAGAAAGCUUGACUUGCUUGUAGUAUUAUAGCUUAAGAAGGAUUAAAAAUUAUUUGGAAGGGUGUGUGUAUCGUUAUUCUGUAACUUGUUUUGUUGUAUCACAGCAUUAGUAAUUGACAUUUCAAAUAAUAUUUCUCGUUUAUUAUUUA